CGGUGUAUGCCGGGAUCGGGGCGGGCGGUGUUCGGACUCAGAGGCCCAGCGCGGGGCGGCCGCUCGCUUGGUGUCUUGGGACGGCGGCGGCGACCGUUGGGGCGGCUCCGGAGGCUCCUAUCCGGCGGGGAUGGCGGAUGCGGCGGCUUCCCCGGUGGGGAAGCGGCUCCUGCUGCUCCUGGCGUCCAGUCCGGGUGAGGGUGAAGCGGUGGGGCUGGAGCCGGGGCCUGCUCUGCCCUCUCGGGCUUGGCGGAGCGGCACCGUGCGGGCCAUGAGCGGAGCGGUGCCCCAGGACCUGGCGAUCUUUGUGGAGUUUGAUGGCUGCAACUGGAAUCAACAUGCCUGGGUGAAAGUUCAUGCUGAAGAGGUCAUAGUGUUGCUGCUGGAAGGGUCACUGGUAUGGGCUCCUCGAAGUGAUCCAGUUCUGCUUCAGGGAACUCAGGUCUCACUUGCACAGUGGCCUGCACUGACCUUCACUCCUUUAGUAGAUAAGCUGGGUUUAGGCUCUGUGGUUCCUGUGGAGUUUCUUCUGGACCGAGACCUGAGAUUCCUGUCCGAUGCCAGUGGAUUGUGUCUGUUUCAGAUGGGAACAGAGAGCCAGAACCAAGUUCUGCAGGAGCAAUCUGCACUGAGAGACUCGGUCAAUGCAUUAAUUAGUGACCAGAAACUUCAGGAAAUAUUUAGCAGAGGUCCCUACAGUGUCCAAGGCCAAAGGGUUAAGGUGUACCAACCAGAGGAUGAAAGUAGCUGGCUCUGUGGUGUUGUGACCUGUCAAGACCCCAUCACUCGUCUUAUGGAAGUGUCCGUGACUGAGACUGGUGAGAUAAAGUCAGUGGAUCCCCGACUGGUUCACGUAGUGAUGGACAACUCUACUCCACCAAAUGAGGGAGGGGGCCUAAAGGCAGCUAAAUCUUCGAAAGGGAAAAAGAAGAGAGAGAGUAUGGAAGGAAAAGAUGGACGAAGGAGGAAAAAUGCUUCAGACUCUGGGUGUGAUCCUGCAACAAAAAAGCUAAAAGAGAGGGGUGAAGUGGAUAGUAAUGGGAGUGAUGGAGGUGAGGCAAGCAGGCCUCCUUGGAAAGGAGGCACCGGGAGUGAAACAGGGCUGGAUGCAAGGGCCAAGCAGCUGCCUCCUUUUGUUCCUCAGAUUAAUCGCAAUAUUCGCUUUGCCACUUACACCAAAGAGAAUGGCCGAACUCUGGUGGUCCAGGAUGAGCCAGUGGGUGGCGACACGCCUGUACCCUUCACUCCUUUUUCUUCAGCUGCUAGUCAAGCACUGCUGGUUGGAGCUGGAUGUAAAGAGGCAGGAAAAUCACUGGAACAGGCUGGCCAAGGCAUGGGGGCUUCUCCAGCAGUUGUUACUACAGCUGUUACUACAGCUGCUUUGACACCAACAACUGUGAGGAUCUCGGACACUGGCAUGUCAGCAGUUAUUGGACAAGAGAAACAGAAAACAGGCUGGUCACAAGCUCAGGGAGAGAAUUCCCGAAAUUCACUUCUGACCUCUUCUGGAUUUGGAGCGUCUCUCCCAACUGCAUCCCAGCCUUUGGGAUUUGGGGAUGGAAGAAGCCAAUCAAAUGGAGUAUUGUCUCCAGCAAACAAGCCUGUUGGGUUUCCAUUUGGCUGUAGCACUGGGCAAGAGACUCAGAAAGACUCUGAUCUGUCAAAGAACUUGUUUUUUCAGUGCAUGUCCCAGAAUCUGCCUUCCAGUAACUAUUUCACAGUCAUCUCAGAGAGUUUGGCUGAAGAGCCCUCUAGUCGGGACUCGUUCAAGCAGAGUGUGGACAGUCUGGGCUCUGGGAUCUGUAAAAGUAAAUCUCCUCUUGCAGCAGACACUAAACCUGCAGCCCCAUCUGGCAGUUCUGUGGACCGGAAGCUGCCAUUGGAGUCUAUGCCCACCCUCACUCCAGCCUUUUCACGAAGCCUCUUGAAUACUCGACCUGCAGAUAAUCAUGAAAACCUAUUUUUACAGCCCCCAAAACUGUCCCGAGAGGAGCCCUCCAAUCCUUUCCUGGCAUUUGCUGAGAAAGCAGAACUCAGUCCUUUCAGCAGCUUUGCCUCUUCAUCUCAGACCAUAUCUAUACCCCCUUCAGCUAUGGGUCUAAAGGCUGCUUCUAGCUGGCCAGAAUCACACCCCUCAACAGACUCUUCUCUAGCUAAGAAGAAAACCUUGUUUAUAACAACAGAUUCCUCCAAGAUGGUUUCUAAUGCUCCUAGUUCAGCUGUUGCUGGUGUUCAGAGCCCAUCCACUGUGGGGAAUGGCCGUUCCAGCUCACCCACUGGUAGCCUGACACAGCCUAUUGAGAUGCCCACACUCUCCUCCAGCCCAACAGAAGAAAAGCCAUCUGUUGGGCCUGGGCAGCAAGACAAUCCUCUCCUGAAAACUUUUUCUAAUGUGUUUGGCAGGCACCCGCCUGGCUUUUUCUCUUCGCAGGCAGAGUUUGCACAGGAGAACAAAGCCCCCUUUGAAGCUGUGAAAAGGUUUUCUUUAGACGAGCGGAGCAUGACAUCCAGACAGGACUCAGAUUCUAGUACCAACAGUGACCUGUCAGACUUGAGUGAUUCUGAGGAGCAGCUGCAGGCCAAGGCUUGUCUAAAGGGAAUUCCGGAGCAUCUGAUUGGCAAGCUUGGCCCCAGUGGAGAGCGGAAUGCUGAACUGCUGCUGGGAAAAGGGAAAGGGAAGCAGGCCCCAAAGGGCCGGCCUCGCACAGCUCCCCUGAAAGUUGGCCAGUCUGUGCUGAAAGACAUGAGUAAGGUGAGGAAACUGAAGCAGUCAGGAGAGCCGUUCCUCCAGGAUGGAUCUUGCAUCAAUGUAGCCCCUCAUCUGCACAAGUGUCGAGAGUGUCGUCUGGAGCGGUACCGCAAGUUUAAGGAGCAGGAGCAGGAUGACUCAACUGUGGCCUGUCGCUUUUUCCAUUUUCGGAGACUGAUAUUUACUCGGAAAGGUAUCCUACGAGUGGAGGGAUUCUUAAAUCCCCAGCAGAGUGACCCUGAUGCCAUGAGCCUGUGGAUUCCGUCAUCUUCCCCUGCAGAGGGUAUUGACCUGGAGACCUCUAAAUAUAUCCUGGCCAAUGUUGGGGACCAGUUCUGCCAACUUGUUAUGUCUGAGAAGGAGGCAAUGAUGAUGGUGGAGCCACACCAGAAAGUAGCUUGGAAGCGAGCUGUCCGUGGUGUGAGGGAGAUGUGCGAUGUAUGUGAGACAACCCUCUUCAAUAUUCAUUGGGUUUGUCGCAAAUGUGGUUUUGGAGUCUGUCUGGACUGUUAUCGACUGAGGAAGAACCGUCCACGUAGCGAGACAGAGGAGAUUGGUGAUGAGGAGGUUUUCUCAUGGUUGAAGUGUGCAAAGGGGCAGUCCCAUGAACCGGAGAAUCUUAUGCCAACACAGAUCAUCCCUGGAACAGCUCUUUACAAUAUAGGAGACAUGGUACAUGCAGCCAGAGGCAAAUGGGGAAUUAAAGCCAACUGUCCAUGUAUUAACCGGCAGAACAAAUCUGUGUUGAGACCUGCUGUCACAAAUGGGAUGUCACAGCUUCCCAGUAUAAAUCCUGGUGCAUCAGCCUCUGGAAGUGAGGGCACCUUCUCUAGUGGGGCAGGAGCAGCAGGAUUGGGGCAACUAGAAAUGGACACUGAUCCUAAACCUGAGGCCACAGAUGGAAGAACUGAGGAUUCUGCGAAAAUAGAGACCUCGCCAACCAGCAACCCCACUGAAACAAAAUCUAGCAGGCCACUAUGUCCAGAAACAUCCCCCUCAUCAGCCUUGCACUGGCUUGCAGAUUUAGCAACACAAAAAGCAAAAGAAGAAACAAAAGAAGCUGGAUCCCUGAGAUCGGUGCUUAAUAAAGAAUCUCAUUCGCCCUUUGGAUUGGAUUCUUUCAACUCCAGUACAAAAGUUUCUCCAUUAACCCCAAAACUGUUUAAUAGUCUCUUGUUGGGCCCAGUUGCAUCUAGUAACAAAGCUGAAGGCUCCAGUCUCAGAGAUCUGCUACACUCUGGGCCAGGAAAGCUGCCCCAGGUCCCACUAGAUACGGGAAUCCCUUUUCCUCCAGUCUUUUCUGCAGCUUCCACGCCUGUGCUGGUCUCGGGAGUCCAUAAGAAGCUGAAGUCAGAGCUCUGGAAACCAGAGGCCUUCAGCCUAGAAUUUGGAGACCAGGAUGUUGAUCUGGUGAACUGCAGGAACUGCGCCAUAAUUUCAGAUGUGAAAGUGCGUGACUUCUGGGAUGGCUUUGAAAUCAUUUCCAAGCGUCUGAGGUCAGAUGAUGGGCAGCCAAUGGUACUGAAACUAAAAGACUGGCCUCCAGGGGAGGAUUUUAGAGACAUGAUGCCUACGAGGUUUGAGGAUUUGAUGGAGAACCUCCCUCUCCCAGAGUAUACCAAGAGGGAUGGCAGACUGAAUCUGGCCUCUAGACUGCCGAGUUACUUUGUACGGCCUGAUCUGGGUCCCAAAAUGUACAACGCAUAUGGGUUAAUAACUGCAGAAGACAGGCGAGUUGGUACAACCAAUCUCCAUUUGGAUGUGUCUGAUGCUGUUAAUGUCAUGGUGUAUGUUGGCAUCCCCAUUGGGGAAGGAGCCCAUGAUGAUGAAGUACUGAAAACAAUUGAUGAGGGAGAUGCUGAUGAUGUGACAAAGCAGCGAAUCCAUGAAGGGAAAGAGAAGCCUGGAGCGCUGUGGCACAUCUAUGCUGCCAAGGAUGCUGAGAAGAUCCGGGAACUUCUCCGAAAGGUUGGAGAAGAACAAGGCCAAGAAAAUCCCCCGGAUCAUGAUCCAAUUCAUGACCAAAGUUGGUACCUGGACCAGACCCUACGUAAGCGUCUUUAUGAGGAGUAUGGAGUACAAGGCUGGGCAAUAGUGCAGUUCCUAGGAGAUGCUGUGUUUAUUCCUGCAGGUGCCCCCCACCAGGUUCAUAAUUUGUACAGUUGCAUUAAAGUGGCAGAAGAUUUUGUAUCUCCAGAACACGUAAAGCACUGCUUCCGCCUGACCCAGGAAUUCAGGCACCUCUCUAACACUCACACAAACCAUGAGGAUAAACUGCAGGUGAAGAACAUUAUCUACCAUGCAGUAAAAGAUGCUGUUGGCACACUGAAGGCUCAUGAAUCCAAAUUGGCUAGAUCUUAGGAGUUGCUAAUUCUAACUCUCUCUCUCUGCGCCCCCCAACCCCCCCCCUCCGGUGAAGUAAGCCUUUUCUCACAGUACAUACAGGGACUGCACAUGACUGCCUCUGCAGGAGCAGAGGCCUUUCACUAAGAGCUGGUGUGGUCAGUAUUACAUACACCCUUCAGCCACUGUUUCUACAUUGCCUCAAUAUUGAAGGUCUGAUGGAAGAUCGCACUGUUACAUGCAGAAUUCCUUAUUCUAAUGAAAGGUGCCGUGUCCCUUUCCUGUGGCCUUUUGCAAAUUGGAAUUGCCUGGAAACCAUGUGGUAUUCCUCCAUAUUAUGAUUAGAAAUGGUAUAAGAGUGUGGACAUUUUUCCUCAUGCCUAGUUAGUCUCCAAGAAGUUAUAAGGAAUGUGCUAGAGGUGGGGUAUCCUACUGCAGACCUAGGUAGAUAGCUUCUGAAUGAGUGUGAUCAACAAGAGUCCAACCGCAGACAUACACACAAUCCUCCCUAGUGCGAUACAGGACAAGGAAAAGGGAUAAAGCUGUUCUUCACACACCCCUUCUUGUAGCCAUUUCUCUAUACACUGUAGAAUUACAGAUCUACAGGGAGAACCCACUGCUUUUCCCAGGAGGUUCCAGGAGUAGGAGAAUUGUGUAUUUAGUGAAAAACUAGGUUUGUAGUGAAACAGUUAAUAUUUCAUGAAAGUAGAUAUUUUUAGUAUUUUUGAAAUAUCUCAACUGUUACUGGAUUUACAAGGAAAGGCACAUUACGUUUAGUCUUCCUUUCAAUAAAAUCAAGAAAUGAUUUAUAGAAAUCAGUCUAAAAUAGCACAAAAUCAGCCAAAGGAGAGCAAAUAGAAACUAACUCCUCACUCCCUACAGAUUCCACAAAGUGAGAAGUAAAACAGGACAUGUAUUUUGUCCUAACAUGGAGAUGUUGUCCGUCUCCCCUUGCACUGGUAGCUCCAGGCAAUAUUUCCCCAAGUACCAGUGGUAGCUCGGGAUGUCUGUCAUUUCCCAAAACUGAAGGAAAAUUAAUUAUCAAUAUUGGCUUUGUCCAGAAAUAUUUUCAGUAAAUUCAGUUUGGUAGAACUGUAUCCAGAAUUAACUAAAUGUCAGCAUUGAAGCGAUGAUUUCAUUGUCCGGGUCCAUGGGGAAAUGUAUCUACCUUAUGCCCAGCUGUACUGUGUGCCACCUGCAGGCCUGUUAAUAUGUUCACUUUUUAAAAUAAAAGUCAUUUACUGUA